GGAUAAAAUUCGUUUCCCAAUGACUCUUUUUAUUUCUGUGCUUACAGAAUUGAGUUGAGUUUCAGGCAGCGGAAACGCCCUCGCCCUGCUUCUGCUUCUGCUUCUGCUUCACUGCUUUCUCUCUCUAGAAAUUAUUAACAAGGGCGAAGAAGAAGAAGAAGAAGAAGACGACGACGCCACAACUGUUCAUUCUGAUUCUGUGUAUCUGUAUUUCGAAAUAGACAUAGCUAAAAGAGACACAUAGACGGAGGAAAGCUGUAAAUGAGGUGCAAGAAGCAUCUUACUGACCUGAGCAGCGGCGUCGGCGUCUGCGCUUCUUGCCUCCGGGAACGCCUGUUCGUGCUGAUACAAGCCCAAGCGCAGCUGGACCUGCUUGAUCGCCGGAAACCUGAUCCGCAACCGCCUCCGCUCGUUUUCCCGCGUUCUGUUUCUCCCUGUAUCUCUCACCGGAAAUCUGACAACUCCGCCCCCUGGAAACCUCGUUAUCGCAGUCUUUCUGAACAGCUGUUUUACAGUACGCCGCAGAUUGGUCCCGGUGGAGCUCUAGUGAGGAAUUCGGACAACAAGAAGAAGACGAAGAAUAGGUUCUCGCUCUUCUCCGGUCUGUUCAGAUCCAAACCGAGGAACACGGAUUCGGAGGAUCCGGCCGUUUCCGGGUCGGAUGCUCGGAAUUCUUAUGCGGCGUCGUCUUCCUCGCCGUCGUGGUUUUCCGGCAUGCUAGCGGUGCACCGGAAAAAGCCGUCACGGAUGGCCUCAGUUGUCGAGUCGGCCGGCGUAUUUGGACGGAGAAUUGGACGGAAUCGUGAUCGCGGAAUGUCGCCGGCGAGAGUUUCAGACUGCGGCGGAAAGGAGGAGGAUUGCCACGACGUCUUGAGCGGGUACUCCUCGGAGUCGUCGCAGGGGUGGAGGCAGACGCCGCAAAGGCAGGUGCCGCCCGUCCGGCGCGGCGGCAGUCGGCCGACUCACUCGCGGAACGUCUCCGGACUGACGUUCUGCUUGAGCCCGUUGGUGCGCGCGAGCCCCAAUCGGCACUGGAGCCAGAAGGGAAUGCCGGCGGAGGUGGCCUUCUCCGGCGAGAUUAGGGCCCCGGUCAAGCCUCACCUGUCCACGGCCGCGUCUUCGUGCGCGAACAGGUCGAGAAAGCUCGCCGAUUUCGGAAGGUCGAAGCACAACCGUUGAUGGCGAUGACCGUUGACCAUGAUCGCCGCAGCGGUGUGAUGUGACAUUAUAAGUACUGUUUUGCCCUUUCCGUGUGGGUGGCUGAUUUUACGUUGCAGUCCUCUUGGGUUCUUCUUCCUUCCAGUCCAGCCUACAUAUAUCUCUGAUACUUGUUUUUUUUUCUUUAAAUUUCAAAUAUUUACAUUACUUUUUGAUUUGAUAUUUAUGGUUAUUACAGUAAACCCAUACUCUCAAAUCAAAUCAAAGAUGGAGCUAAAGUGGAU